AAAAAAAAACUGUUGCCCUCGACUACUGCCGUCGACAUGGAGUUAGUAAUAUGAAACCUAAAAACCAUCUCAGUUACCGUUUCUCCACUACAAAAAAAUGGCGAUGCUCUCUGCCACCAGCCGCCGCCAUUCGCUCCUUCCCCGCAUCGUACUCACCCGCCUUUACAACAGCGUCGCCAAAUCCGCCGCUGCCGUGAACGCCUCCGAUGCUGACGCCACUUCCGUUUCCUUAUCUGCUUCUUCACCGCUCUCACCCUCUGCCGCCAAGUCCCUCCUUCUCAAGGAGUAUGACCCCGACAAAGCUCUCUCAAUCAUGUCCUCCGUCACGCACCCCUCUUCUUCCCCCACCUCUAGCCGCUUCGCCGUCGAGCUCGCAGUCCGCCGCCUCGCCACCGCCCGCCGAUUCGAAGACGUCGAAUCCCUUCUUGAAAAACGCAAGUCCGACCCCGCUGCUGCUCAAGAAUCCUUCGUAGGAACCGUCAUUCUUGCUUAUGGCUCUGCCCGCAUGCUCGACCAUGCUAUCUCCACCUUCGAGGACGUUUGCCGCCUCUGCUCCGCUCCUCCCACCACCAUAUCCUUCAACGCCCUCUUAUCAGCCGCAGUCCGUGCUAAGAAGCACCGCAAAGUUCGCAUGCUCUUUUCUGAGCUCUCCGAGAAAUAUGCCAUCUCACCUGAUCCGGUUUCCUACAGCGUCCUUGUUAAGGCCUUAUGCCUUUCCGGAAAGGCCGGGAAAGCCUUUGAUAUUCUCAAGGAAAUAGAGGAAAAGGGCUUUAAGGUUACAACUUUCAUCUACACGAGUCUGCUUGAUUCGCUUUACAAGAAAGGUGAAUCAGAUAAGGCGGAGGAGCUCUGGAAUCAGAUGACGGAGAAAGGUUGCAAACCAGAUUUGGCUACUUACAAUGUAAGGAUAAUGCACAAAGCCCACCAUGGGAGUCCAGAGGAUGUGCUCAGGUCCAUUUCAGAGUUGGAAGCUGCGGGGUUGAAGCCAGAUGAGAUCACCUAUAAUUAUCUUAUGACUUGCUACUCCAGGACUGAGAGAUUUGACGAGAUGAAUGAGGUUUAUAAAGGUCUGAAGAGUAAGGGUUGCAAGCCGAAUGCAGCAACAUUUAAGAUUAUGCUGAAAUUCUUGUGUGAAAAAGGGGAUUUUGAUGCCGGCUUUGAUCUCUUUAAGGAUAGUAUGAAGCAUAAUAGGAUUCCUGAUUUCAGGACACUGAGACCUUUUGUGGUGGGGUUGGCAAAGAACUUCAAGGUGGAGGAAGCGAAGACGGUGAUCAGUGUGGUGAGGCAAAGGUUCCCUGAGAGUUUGAUUAGUGGUUGGAAGGUGGUUGAGGAAGAGCUGGAUUUGAUUACAGGUACACAAGCUUCUGAUCAAGCCGAGGCUGCUGAAAGCUGAAGUGUUGAAAGGCAGUACAAAAUGUUUUCACAUAUGACGAUGGACCGGUCCAUUAAUUAUUCACAUACGCUGAAAAAUGGUUUGCAGAAAAAUCUGAAUUUCUCAUUUUUAUUUGAAGUUGGUAUUGCCCAGCUAAGAGGUACAAGGUUUUGUUCUUGCUAAGCCUUUUUCCUUGUUUUUUAUAUUUACUUAUCCUGGUAUUGUGGCAUUAUGAUAAUAUGUUAGUUAGGAAAUGUGCCCUUUGGUUUUCUUCUAUCGAAGCUUUCACUUAGCUGUAAAAGAAUAUGCUUGAAAUAAAGUUCCCUCUCAAAGUAUGCAACUCGAUCUUUCAUUGUAAAAAUUUAUGUGCUACAACAUGGUAUGUGAAACAUUUUAAUACAUCAUUUAUAAUUUCUAGGCGA